AUGACCAGAGCAAGCCAAUCGUGGGCCAGCCGUCCCAAGUCAUCAAUCGUCCACCGUAGUAACGUGACGAGACGCUACGGAGGCCGGCUAAUCCCACCCCCGCCCAAAAAAAAAACAACAACCCCCACGCAGCCCCCCACUCCCGCGCCCACUGCGGCGGUCCGACAAGCUCCAAAGCUGCUGACGUUUACUGUACGAGGAGGGCAGAGGACGACGACCUGCAAGGACGACGACGACGACAACGACAACGACUACGACAACGACUACGACAACGACAACGACUACGACAACGACUACGACAACGACAACGACUACGACAACGACUACGACAACGACUACGACAACAACAACAACGACGACGACAGACGGAAAAGCGGAACAGACAACGCAAUUCCUUCGUCUCGUACCACUACCACCGUUCAACGAGACUCGUGGUACAAUGCCUUCGUCCCCCGCGCCGUCAAGCCCCUCGACUCGGGCAAGCAACGUCGCCGCGAGUCGCUGCUCAAACAGCCCAACGAGAGCCAAGCUGACGUCGAGCGCGUAGAAGGCAUCACAGAGGCCCCAGAGGAGCCGCCUGGCAAGCUGACUGACCCUCCUGCUGCCACCGUCGCCCGACGCGCCAAGUCCUACAGCGACUUCUACUCGGUCGUGAGCGCCCAUCUGAAAAAGGAAAGAGCGUGCGAGAAGAAAAAGUCGCGCCAUGACAUUGCCACGGAGCUGGAUUUUGCAAAGUGGUAUGGGGACAUCAACGACGAGCUACUCGAGGCCAGCCAUGACGAGUACCGUCUCUACCAGGACCAGCUACUCCUCACCCGUACCCAUCUAGACAACAUUCUCUCCGACACCACCUCGACUCUCGACAUCCUCUCUUCGCUCUCCGACUCGUUCAAGAUGGUCGAAGCCCAGACCAACGCCUUCCGUACCCAGUGCGAGGGUCUGAUUGACGACCAGAAGCGCAUCACCAAGCUGGCGGAUGACAUGGAGCAGAACCUGAGAUACUACCUCUAUCUCGAGCCUACGACGAAGCGCCUCAAUGCGCCAGGAGCGGGCAAGAUUGUGCGGGGCACUGAAUUCACCGACAUGCUCGCCAAUCUGGACAGCUGUCUCGAGUACAUGCAGGCCCACGCAAAGCACCGCGAGGCCGAGACAUACCGAUCAAGAUACCGGCUGCUGCUCACGCGUGCCCUCACCCUGGUUCGCGUCCACUUCACAGAGUCUCUUCGCGAGAUUGCCGCCGAUGUGGCAAAGAGGAUAGCCGACAGGCAGCUGAAUGACACCACCAUGUCCGCCUUGCUGUACGCGAAAUUCCGCGUAGGCGCGCCUGAGUUGAAGGCUCUUGGCCUGGAAAUACAGAAAAGAGCAGUCUUACCGGCGGGUGCCGCACCUGGCUCCGAGGCCGAGUACCAGAGCUUGAUGAACGAGCUGUACCAGAGCUACGCAGCCACUCGUGGCCGUCUUAUACUCCCCAUCGUCACCAAGAAGAUGGGAGAGAUUGCCCAAGCCCCAAGCACAUCGACAGAUCUGGUAGCUUUUGCUCGAAGCAGUAUCAGCUACAUGCGCGGGAUAUGCCUUGAUGAGUGCAAUUUAUGGCGAGAGUGGUUCGAUGGUGAUGGUGGUCUAUACGACUUCCUCGAAGCCAUGUCUGAGCCCUUGUACGACUACCUCCGACCGCGGACCAUUCACGAGACGCAGAUCCUGAAGCUCUGCGAAUUAUGCACCAUGAUACAGACCCGAUACAUGGAAGAAGACGAGGACGAUUCGCCCAGUGAGGAUGACAAACUCGACUUCUCCAUCAUCAUCCAUCCGGCUUUGGAGGACGCCCAGAACCGGCUAGUGUUCCUCUCGUUAGCAAUCCUGCGCGAUGACAUUGAACGGUACAAGCCAAAGCCCGAAGACUUGGAUUAUCCUACCAAGAACAAGAAGCUAGCUGGGUCGGGAGCGAAGUCCAAUCAGCCCAUGCUGUCUGGCAAAAAACUGCCCAAGACCGAUGUCCCUCCAACCCCCCUGUUACCAAAAGUACCUACUGUGGUGGAGGAGGACGACCCGGAGGCUCGUUGGAACUUCAACACCGAGGCUGCAUUCAAAGAUUGGUAUCCUACCUUGAGGAAGGCAAUAUGGCUGCUAAGCAAAAUCUAUCGGCUUGUACACUCAUCUGUUUUUGACGAUCUCGCGCAUCACAUUGUCCACAGCACAACCGUCUCUCUCACCCAAGCUAGCGCUCUCCUGGCCAAGUCUGCUUCCCCCACCGACGCGGCGUUGUUUCUCAUCUCCCAUCUUCUUCUAUUAAAACAGCAAAUUGUUGCCUUUGACAUUGAAUUCGUCACCCCCGAAACCGAGGUCCACUACAAUGUGUCGAGCAUUACAAGCACCUUCUGGGAACUGCGGUCUCGCGGAGACCUCUUCAACCCACGCAAGCUCGUAGGUUUGCUAAUCCCCAAAGUGGUAGAGAACAUGCUGGAUGCCAAAGCCGAAGUGGACGCACGUCUACGUCAAGCGAUCAACGACUUCACUGGUCAGUUUGUCACGCGGAUGACGGCACCGAUUGACACGAAGAAUGGCAAGAAAGUGCCUGUGGCAGAGGCAGCAGCCCGCACGAGCAAGAUCCGGCAGAAUAUCGAGCACGAGACACCGUUUCUCCGAACCAAGCUGGAAGAAUACAUCACCGAUGCGCGGACCAGGGAGAUGCUGGUUGCAGCUGUCAUGGAGUCUGUCACGCAGACGUACGAGGAAUGGUUUGAGACGUCGUACUCGCCCUCGGUUUCGGCACACAAUGGCACAAGCAGGAGCACAAAGGGCAAAGGACGGGAAGAUGGGGUCUGGGAUCCUGAUGUAUUCAGUGAGUGGUCUGCCAAUGUUUUCAAAGUGGGCACACUAGGCUCGAUGGAUACGGAGCAGGAUCAUUCGGAUCUCGAGCUGAGUGACGAAGGGGAUGGCAGUGAUGCGGACAGUAUGAGUGCGAAUAGUGGAAGGACGGGGACGGAGAGGACGGGAGGAGGAUUGAGGAUCAAGAUGUAG